AAUCAUCUGCUCGUACGUUGGAAAGUCUUUUCUGGAUGGGCGUAAAGCGAAUCCGUGGUCUUGACGAUGGCGACUCUGCAGGUUUGAAUCUGGGUCAGUUUGAGUGGGCCCCGCUGAGUGUUGGUGAAGGCAAGAUCGUGUCACGAGAAGCAGCAUUAGAAGCUUUGGUUGCUGGCAUGGAUGAUGGCGCUUUUGUGACAGGACAGACGUCUUUGAUGAUCACUCCGGGCCACUACGAUUUCAAGUGCUCUGAUCAUCUGGUGACAAAUUUCCACGCACCAGAUUCCACCUUGAUGCUGCUUGUCUCUGCCUACGUCGGAAGUGGUUUCACCAUCAAAGAAAUCUACGAGGACGCCCAAGAGAAAGGAUUCAAGUUCUUGUCCUACGGAGAUGUCUGUCUGUUUAGCCGCCCUGGCGGUCGGAGCGUAACAUACAUGUAAACGUGACCUUUGUUCUAUACCGAUACUUAUCUGUCUGGCUAGCUAGAGCUACCGUCAUUGUCGAGAGAGAAUCCAUCUAUCCAUCAAUCAAUUAACUUGCAGGCAUGUCCCAUACGCGGCUUGCCAGGGAUUAUCCACGUUCCCUGGGAUCUUUUCGUGCCACAAGAGAUUCCAUCCAUUGCCGUUGGCAUGAUCCCGAUAGAACUCUUGAAUGCGAUUGGCCGUCACCAACUGUCCAAAAUCGAUGGUGGUGAUAUAUCGGAGCCAAGGUUUCCACCAGCUCCAGAACCAGGAUGAUUGCUUUUGGUAGGUUUGCGUAAUGUAGAUUUUGCCAUCACUUGGGCUCAACGCAGAAGCUGCAAUCAUCAAAGCCGCUGUCCAGUCGGGGAGGAGUGAGAAGGAUCCCGAGAAAUAGACGGCAUCAAAGAGUCUGUCAUUGGAACCACGUGCAUCGGAGAGUGGUGGCAGUAGCUUGGGCGGUAAUUUUCCUUUUUCUGUUUGCAAAUCGUACAAGUCCAUUGCCACCACUUGAAUGCAAUCCGUCAAAUCGGCCUUUUGGAUGGCAAUUUCUGCCUGACGAAUGUAUUGAUCAUCGUAGUCCAUUCCCACCACCCGCAAUCGUUUAGCUCGAAGCAGCGAUUCACAAGCAAUAAGAGCUCCUGCCGUGCCGAUUCCGACGUCGAGAAGCGUCGAACCCGGCGGAAGAUCUUUUAGCACUAUCUCGUACCAUCCAAUUGUCAUUCUCAAGAUCAAGCGAUCAUAGAGGUAACUCCGAAACCACCCCCAUGCAUUGUAGAUACUACUCUAGUACUAGAUAACACCAACAUAGUCUACUUUGGAGAGUGGAAGGGACUUGAUUUGAUGAAUGCGACUAUAAUGCUGGCGGCAAAGCACAACAGAUUAUAGCCAGACUCAUAAAGCUACCGGUAGGCAUGCUUUGCAUGCAUGCAUGCAAUGGUAUUCUGUGUGGCUAUUGUCUACACUCAGUAGAUAAUUCCCAUACUCUAACCCCCCU